AUGGACAGAAGGCAGCCCAGCUGGAUUCGAGUGAGCUGCGUGACGCCCACCUCUGCCUUACUGCUCUCGGAGGCAUACGGUUUCACCAUGGGCCCUAGUGUGUGUAACAAGGCUCUUCUGCACCCACAGAAAGACUCAUUUGCUGGCUCCCUUCUUUGCCCCAUGCUCCUUGUGAAUAUUCUGGCUUUAAAUCCCCGAAAACAGGUGCAUGCAACUCUACAUUCAACUGCAGCGAAGAAACAAGUCAAGAAGCAAUGGAAAAGAAAUUCUGACAAAAGCUGUUCAAACUGUGAGAAACUAGAAAAUAAUUUUGAUGACAUCAACCACACAACUCUUAGUGAGCGAGGAGCACUUCGAGAAGCAAUGAGAUGCUUAAAGUGUGCGGAUGCUCCCUGUCAGAAGAGUUGCCCAACUAAUCUGGACAUCAAGUCAUUCAUCACAAGUAUUGCAAACAAGAACUACUAUGGAGCUGCCAAAGUGAUUCUUUCUGAUAAUCCACUUGGCCUGACAUGCGGAAUGGUGUGUCCAACAUCAGAUCUCUGCGUUGGUGGCUGCAAUCUAUAUGCCACUGAGGAGGGACCAAUUAAUAUUGGUGGAUUGCAGCAGUUUGCUACUGAGGUGUUCAAAGCUAUGAAUAUUCCUCAGAUCAGAAACCCUUCCUUACCUCCUCUAGAAGAUAUGCCUGAAGCCUAUCACAUGAAGAUAGCUCUCCUUGGUGCAGGACCUGCAAGUUUAAGUUGUGCUUCCUUUUUGGCUCGAUUGGGCUAUUCGAACAUCACCAUAUUUGAAAAGCAGGAGUAUGUUGGUGGCUUAAGUACAUCUGAAAUCCCUCAGUUCCGAUUGCCAUAUGAUGUAGUGAAUUUUGAAGCUGAACUUAUGAAGGAUCUUGGAGUGAAGAUAAUUUUUAGUAAAGGCCUUGCAAUGGAUGGGAUGACACUCCCUACCUUGAAAGAAGAUGGCUAUGAAGUGGUCUUUAUUGGAAUAGGUUUGCCAGAACCAAACAGAGACAGUAUAUUCCAAGGACUGAGAAUGGAUCAAGGAUUCUACACAUCUAAAGACUUCCUACCUUUGGUAGCCAUGGCAAGUAAGCCAGGGAUGUGUGCCUGUCACUCUCCAUUGCCAUCAAUACAAGGAACAGUGAUUGUACUUGGGGCAGGAGACACUGCUUUUGACUGCGCAACAUCUGCUUUACGCUGUGGAGCUCGUCGCGUGUUUCUGGUCUUCAGGAAGGGAUUCACUAAUAUCAGGGCCGUCCCAGAAGAGAUAGAACUUGCAAAAGAAGAGAAGUGUGAAUUUCUGCCCUUCCUCUCCCCUCGGAAAGUUGUACUUAGAGGUAGACAAAUUGUUGCUAUGGAGUUUGUUCGAACUGAAGAAGACAAUGAUGGAAACUGGAAAGAAGAUGAGGAUCAGGUUGUCCAUCUGAAAGCUGAUGUGGUCAUCAGUGCCUUUGGUUCCAUUUUAGGCGACGCUAAAGUCAGAGAGGCCAUGGCACCUAUCAAGUUUAACAAAUGGGGUCUUCCUGAAGUAGAUCCAGAAACUAUGCAAACAAGUGAACCCUGGGUUUUUGCAGGGGGUGACAUUGGUGGUCUUGCUAACACUACAGUGGAAUCGGUAAAUGAUGGAAAACAAGCUUCCUGGUACAUGCACAGAUACAUACAGUCCUUACAUGGUGUUGCAGUUUCUACAGUUCCAGAGCUACCACUCUUCUAUACUCCUAUCGAUUUAGUUGACAUCAGUGUAGAAGUGGCUGGACUGAAGUUUCCAAAUCCUUUUGGCCUUGCCAGUGCAACCCCCACUACUAGUUCAGCAAUGAUUCGAAGAGCUUUUGAAGCUGGAUGGGGCUUUGCUGUCACUAAAACAUUCUCCCUGGAUAAGGAUAUUGUGACCAAUGUUUCUCCAAGGAUAGUGCGUGGAAUUACUUCAGGUCCUAUGUACGGCCCAGGCCAAGGCUCUUUUCUAAAUAUUGAACUGAUCAGCGAGAAAACAGCAGCAUAUUGGUGUAAAAGUAUAGCUGAACUGAAAGCUGACUUUCCAAACCAUAUUCUGAUUGCCAGUAUCAUGUGCAGCUAUAGCAAGGAGGACUGGACUGAACUUUCAAAAAUGGCUGAGGAUGCUGGUGCAGAUGCGCUGGAGUUAAAUUUAUCCUGUCCUCAUGGUAUGGGGGAGAGAGGCAUGGGCCUGGCCUGUGGGCAGGAUCCAGAGCUGGUACGGAACAUCUGUCGCUGGGUUAGACAAGCUGUUCAGAUUCCUUUCUUUGCCAAGUUGACCCCAAAUGUCACUGAUAUUGUGAAUAUUGCGAUGGCUGCGCAGGAAGGUGGCGCAGAUGGUGUUACAGCCACCAACACUGUGUCAGGACUGAUGGGACUGAAAGCAGACAGCACACCUUGGCCAGCAGUUGGUGGAGGACUGAGGACCACAUAUGGUGGCAUGUCAGGAAAUGCUAUUCGGCCCAUCGCGCUCCGGGCAGUGUCUGCCAUAGCCCGUGCUCUCCCAGGAUUUCCCAUUUUAGCAACUGGAGGCAUAGAUUCUGCUGAAAGUGGGCUCCAAUUUCUGCACAGUGGGGCUUCUGCUUUACAGGUGUGCAGUGCAAUCCAGAAUCAAGAUUUCACUGUUAUUGAUGACUACUGCACUGGACUGCAAGCUCUUCUUUACCUGAAAAGCAUUGAGGAACUUGAAGGCUGGAAUGGACAGAGUCCUGCAACAAUGCGCCAUCAGAAAGGAAAACCAGUACCUAGAAUUGCUGAUCUGAUGGGAAAGAAACUACCAAGUUUUGGACCUUACCUGGAACAACGCAGAAAGAUAAUAGCUGAGAACAAGAUUAAGCUGAAGGAACAGAGCAUGGCUGCUGUGCUUCCUGAGAAAAAGCAGUUCACUCCAAAGAAGCCCAUUCCAGCAAUCAAGGAUGUAAUUGGAAAAGCACUGCAGUAUAUUGGAACAUAUGGUGAGCUCUGCAACACAGAGCAAGUUGUGGCUCUGAUUGACGAGGAAAUGUGUAUCAACUGUGGCAAAUGUUACAUGACCUGUAAUGAUUCUGGCUACCAGGCUAUCCAGUUUGAUCCCGAAACCCACCUGCCCGCGGUUACUGACAGCUGUACAGGCUGCACCCUGUGUCUCAGUGUCUGCCCUGUUAUCGACUGCAUCCGCAUGGUUUCCAGGACAACACCCUAUGAACCAAAGCGCGGGCUGCCCUUAGCCAGGAACCCCGUGUGUUGAGGUGAUCGGUCCGACAGC